CUUACACGUGCCGCGGUGGUGGCAGUCGUUCACCAACCGUGACAAAACGAGCGUGCUCCGGGCUUUGGUUGCCUGGCUACGCCUAGCUACGAGCGCACGGUGCAUGCCACUUGCUGUGGAUCGUAGGUUCGCACCAGUUCGCACACAGUGAUACCGUCAUACCGCGCGCGAUAGGGAGGGUAGAACAAGUGUUUCAGUCGAGCAACAAACAGGGGAAAAGCAAAAGAUGGCGAUGGUGCAGCGAAACGUGCCGCAGUAGUGAUGCAGUGCGAGCGAGUGCCGUCGUUAUUUGCUCCGAUCGUACCGCGCGAGAUCGCUCGUUGAGCGGAGCGCGGCCAAAUGACAUGGGAAUUUGCAGCAGAAGGCAUUUUCUACUGACAAUAUGCAGCCUGCAAUUAAUUACCACAAUAGAACGUCAAGUUUUUGACUUUUUGGGAUUUAUGUGGACUCCGAUACUGGUCAACUUUUUCAACAUUAUCUUCGUAAUUUUAGGAUUCUUUGGGGCCUUUCAGUAUAGACCUAAAUAUAUCAUAUCGUAUUGUAUAUGGAAUACAUUAUGGUUAGGAUGGAACAUAUUUAUUAUAUGCUUUUAUCUCAAUGUGGGGAUACUGGACAAAAAUAGCGACAUUCUUAAUCUUGGUACUGGUAGCUUUUCAUGGUGGUACGUAAAUGGACCAGGUUGCAAAGCUGUUUACGAUGUGACAGAACCAGAACUUUUUCGACCUGCACGACCUACUAAUGUAACAGACUGCGUGCUGGAUUAUGAAGUGAUAGAAAUUUUACACGCUGCGACACAAUGUAUUCUAGGUUUUAUGGCCAUUGUUGGCGGAAUUUGUCUCAGUAAAGUAUUUCUUGAGGAAGAUGAUAGCUUUGACUUUGUUGGAGGUGAUGACUUUGGGUUGGCAGGCCACACACCGUUGCAUCCUAUGUACGUUAGCUACUCGGCUCUUCCACCACCUGCCUACUCCCUCAAAAAUUCCGCUCAAAAUAAUUACCCGACCAGCACAGCUAGCUCUCACCAAUCUGCCUAUCGCGAGUCGAGUUUUCCAAAACGCAGCGGCGAGAAGCUGUUAGGCGGUGGUACCGCGCGCGGUAAAAGCAACGUCGUCGGUUUCAAGAACGACACGGUCCGUAGUAACAGCAGUCGUUCGUCCAGCCGCGAUUUUCAGAAUGUAGAUUACUCGGUCGACUACUUGAACCCGGUGGACCAUUUGCAGCGACCCGUCUCGCCCGUAUACGACGAAUAUGAUUCGUUGGACAGCGCCGCUAAGCUGAGAUUUCAGAAAAACAGGCUGUACUAUUUGCAUUCAUCGAGAUACAGUCCGGUCGCGCGUAUCAAGUGCCGCCAGGUCGCGGCGAAGCAAACCAGGAUUCCCGUCAAACCCCGCGUCUUCGUCGAUCAUGUACGCGACCAACCACUGAGAUCGUUUUACUCCGAUCCGAAAUUGGCCGUUGAACAAGCACCGAGCGAACACGACAGGUCAUCUCAGUCGAAACGAGACAGUCGACCAUUGUCCCUGUACGCGAUACGAACUAAACGAAAGAAGAAGCAGCCACGGCCGCUAUAUAGCAUCGAAUAUUCGCAACCCGAACCACCGGUGCAGGAUGACAGCGUGUCACCGAAACCGAUGACGCCGCGCCGGGUGAAGCGACGUUCCGUAAUCUCACGGGAUAGCACGCGACGUUCCAACACGCGGCGCAGCUCAGUGCGCCAGUCACGCCGCAAGAACCCGGUGAACCGCAUCAUGGACCACCAGGAGAGUUUGUAUGCGAACACGGUCACACCCUGCAUCGGUAACCUGACGAACCAGAAUGUCAGCUCGCUGUCGCAGGGCACGCUCAACUACGACAGGAUCGCAGUUGGUUGGGACCGUGAACGGAACGCUGAUCGGAACUGGCAGUCGGAGGCGGUGAACAUAGCGGUAUCGCCGGUUCUAUGGCCGCCAACCACCCAGGACUCCUCCAACAAUUAUUCAAACGCGUCGCCUAGCUUCCCGGCCGGUCAGAGCCCGCCCGCUGGUUGGGACCAUCAGCAUCCGACCACCAGCUCCACCCGCAACCUCACCGACAACUGGCAGACGUCGCCUGGCGAGCUGAACCCGAUGCAGUGGCAGGGUCAAAGCAAUCCUACGUUUCAACAAACCAGCACGCAAAGCCUAAACGGCGAGGACAUGGAGGAAUUGUACAGCAAUCGGCCGGCCAGCGCUAGAUCUAGCUAUAGCAAUUAUCACGGCGUUAGAGCGACACCACAGGUGCCUAAUCGCACUGACGUUGUCAGACAAAGCCAGCGACAGUUUGUCCUCAGUGGACCGCCCGCUUAUCAGGAUACGGUAAUCUGAUAUUGACCUGAAGUAGUCUGAGGUGUACGCCUUACGUUGAAGACAAUGUCAAGAUAAUUUUAUUGCAAGCGAUAAAUUGGCCUUAUACAAUUGUCUGUUAUUUAUCAGAUACAGUAAGUGAGAUAAUCAAUCGUAGGUAGAAUGAGUGAUAACGUUCAUCUUUGCGAAUGGAAAUGGCACUAUUUUUGAUAGCGCUAGUCGCGACGUCUUCAAUAAGAAGCGAAAAUAUGAAGACUUCAAGAAAUCGAAGUAAUGUAUUAUUUCCUUAUUGUCCGUAUUUCAAGUUAUAAUAAUUUCAAACAGUUGUUUUAACUAUUUCAAUAAUUACAUCGUAGUUAAAAUGAUUGUUUGACAAUGAACUAAUGAUAGGAAAAGGAGCAAGCGUUGUGAUUUCGCCGACUUCAAAGCUUUAUAUGGAUUGAUGCGAUAGAUCUCUACUAGUGUUGCAUCGUGUUGUAUUAUCAAAGUAACAACUAUAGGUAACUUUACUUAAAGACUUGAAGAGCUGUUAUUCACUCUCUCCAGUCGUUUUGCAAUAUUAUUUUAAAGAUAUCCAAGUGGUAUACGUUUACAUUAUUUGCCGAUUUAGUAUAGACUAUAGACGAUGAUUGACGAUAAAUUCGUACAGUCGACAUGAUAUGAAAUUAUCUUGAAAGGCGUAAGUCAACCUUUAAAUAACUUCAUUAAAGUGCACAGAUCUUGCAAUGUAUGUACAUAUAUUAAACUUACGCCACUUUCAAGAUAGACAAUGAAAAUUGCCUUCUCAGGAUUGAUCAUCUAACUGUGUGUGAAAUUAGUGUACUUAAGAAGUUUAAAGCAGAUCAAAAUCAUAAUAGCGUUAGAAUUUUUACAUGUUCCCUUUUAUUUUUCUUUCUGUUGUUAAAAAGUUUUUUUUAGGAAUUUUACACUUAUCAUCUUCAUCCUAUUUAUAUUAUAGAAUUAAGGAUCCUCUUGUUCUGCGCAUAAAAUCAAAAGCUCACCGCAUCGUUUGUAAAUAUAGAUGUAUAAUCAUUCAUCACUUUCAAAAGCGUAUUAUUGACAACACUAUACAAUGGCGUAAUUUUAUUAAUAAUUUUUUUAAGUACGAUCAGAGCGGCUUACGCUAUUUUAGAUACUUUAAGGCAAUAUGAAAUUAAAAGGUAUUCGCCUUUUUGAGAUUUGUAAUGUUUUUAAA